AUGGAGUAUGAUUUUCGACGACAAGUGCUCGAGCGAAAUCAUGCCGGCAUGGCCUUCAAUAGUCGCAAAUUGACAGUAGUGAACAGUAUCGAUAAUGGGAAUACUAGUCUAUUGCACAUUGGAGACAUUAUUUCACUUUACACAGAAUCUACUACUAAUCAUGCACAUAGAGGAUUCCUUUCUACACUUGGACUUGUUGAUGAUCGUUGUAUAGUCGAAUUAGGCGAUGGAAGACCUGAAAGUCCACCGAAGAAGUUUCGAGAUUGUUUAUUUAAAUUAUGUCCCGUUAAUCGAUACGCAGCCCAGAAGCAUCUCUGGACUGAACAGAAACGCUACUAUCAAACAGGCGAUUCAAUGUUUGAUGAUGAUCUUAUGAAUAAGCUAAGGGUCGCCGCUGAUAAGGAACGAGAGGAAAAUGAAGCUGAAUUUCAAAAGAAGCUCGGAAAUGUUAUUCAAUAUGGAACAAUGGUGCAAUUGUUGCACGUCAAAUCGAAUAAAUACGUGACGAUCCAGAAGAAUUCACCAGCGAAAAGGGAACGAAAUGCAAUGAAAGUUUACCUGGAUCGAGCCGGAAAUGAGGGCAGUUGGUUCAUUAUUGAACCUGCAUACAAGCAUUACGCAAUUGGCGACAACGUCUCCGCCGGCAACAAAAUCUCUCUGAUUCCACAAACCGUCGCCAGCAAUCAGACAGGACAUUGCAAAUCGCAACUUCAUCUAUCGUCUCAUACCCUUGCUGAUCACAAGACCGCCGCCGAGAUCAAUUGCCUCAACGAGCCAACCGAAUGGCAAGUAUUCAUGUUCCUUCUGUACAAUGAGAAUCAGCCGGACGUCGUCAAAUCGGGGGAUGUCAUUCGAUUAUUCCAUGCCGAUCAACAGACGUUCCUCACGCUUGACACGAUUCCGACGCAGAAUCCGCCAAAGGAUGUCGUGUUCCUUCGAAUGACUAAUCGGCCAUCGGCAGCCGACGCGACAAGCUCUCGAGCACUCUGGGAAGUGCAAGUGGUUCAAUCAAACUCGUAUCGCGGCGGAACUGCCAAAUGGAACAAGACUUAUCGCUUCAAGCAUCUUGCCACCGACAUGUACCUGACUGUCGAAGCCUCAUCAACGCAGCAAGUCAAGCCGGCAACGAAUGGACGACGACCGACGCCGCUGCUCAGCGAGAUUUCACAAAAGUCAAGACCCCCAUUGGAGCGAACAAAUAGUCCUUUGGCUAAUGGUUAUUAUGCGGAUGGUCCAUCAGAUCGUGCUCAAGCACCAACCCUCUACUAUUUGGCACCAACCAAAUCGGACUUCCCUGAGUCUGACAACAUGUUGCUCUUCCAACUCGAUCCUUCAACAUUCAUGAAGUCGAAUAAAGAUGUACCUCGAAGAUCCUAUGUGCGACUUCUUCAUCAGUAUACUGAUUCAUGGGUGCACGCGACAAAUCCGACGGAAAAACAAAAUCUUCAUUACAGCAGUAAAAACGAGAAAGGAUGGGUCAAAGUGAUAUGCGAAGCAAAUCGAAUCGACAAGGAGACAUUCGCCCUUCUGCCAGUGUCUCCUGAUGAAGUUCGUGACUUGGACUUUGCCAACGAUGCGUGUCGAGCUCUUCGCAAUUUCAUUCGAUUGAUUAAAGUCGGAGUCGUGAUUACAAAAGAGUCGCUGAACGUUACCACCCAACUUCUCAUCGAGUGCAUCUUGUUUGUCACCAACACCACGGAUCACAUGAUUGAUCCGUUGAAGAUCACUGAUUUCACUCCAUCUCGCGAUCGGCAGAAAUUGCUUCGCGAGCAAGAAGUCCUCGAUCAGGUGUUUCUGCUAUUGAAGGCUCCAUUCCUUCCAAGACAGGGAACCACUGAGCUAGGACCAUUGCUGAACUCGAUUUCUGCUCUGAGCGAUAGUCGAAACGAAGUGUUCAAAAACAUGUUCCAGCUGUGCUAUUGUCUGCUGAAAUACGCGCAAGUGAACUAUCGCAAGAAUCAGGAAUUCCUCGCCGAGAAAUUCGGACAAAUUCAAGAGCAGAUUGGCUUCGAUUUGAUGGCUGAAGACACAAUGACAGCAGUUCUUCACAACAAUCCGAAGCUUCUUGAAAAAUACGUGAAGACUCCUCAUGUCGAAAGAUUUGUGGAGCUUGUCAGGAACAAUCGACAAGGAAAAUUCCUCGACUAUCUUGCCGAUCUUUGUGUGUGCCGUGGAGAAGCGAACAAAAAGAUCCAAGAGCUCAUCUGUAAUUCUGUGUUGAGCAGCAAGCACAGGGACAUAUUUAUGGAUACUCGAAUUGUUGACGAUGAAGUCGAGGUUGGAUGGGCUCCGAACUUCAAAAGACUUGUGGAUAUCGCCGACGGGGCUCGAGUGAAUCACGAGAGUUCUGAGCUGCUCGACUAUUAUAGGCACCAAUUGGACCUUUUCUCGCAAAUGUGUCAGGAGCAGCAGUAUCUCGCGAUUGAUCCGCCACCGGAAAGACGACUGAUGAAUAUUUCGCAACAAUUGCCAGCUGAGCUCGUGCUUAAAUGUAUGUCUGAUCAACGACUUCCGUACGACAUCAGAGCCUCAUUUACACGUCUUAUGCUUCAUCUCCACGUGGUUCGCGGAAGUCCGAUGUCAGCGAUUCGACAUGCCCGACUUUGGUGGGACAUUCCUGAAAAUGUGAACGUGGAAACAUACGAAACAAUAUCGGAAGAGAAUUAUUCGGAUGGAAGUCGAAUUCGGAUUGGAGACACGAUUGCCCAAACUGUUUUGUCGACAGUGGAUAAAUACUUGAUGGAUUUGAGAAAGAAGACUGCGGAUGAAAGGCAUAGUGUCAAUUCGAGCAAAUUGACAUAUGAGAUUGUCAACCUUGCGAAAGCCUUGGCCCAAUUCAAUUUCUAUUCCUUCAACGAGUUGCUCCAACUUACACAGAACUUGCUUGCCAUUAUCAAUGAGAUUCCACCAACAGAACCUCCAUCUCAUCGCACCAUGGCGAACGCCCUUCGAAAUAUGUCCAAAACGAUGCUUCGCGGCGGAAAAUCGCAAUCAAAAGAGCUCCCAAAAUCGACGUCACUUUCCGCCGACGAUGCAGGACGAAGCAAAGAAGGCCGAGCUCUUAUUGUUAAGACGAAGCUGAUUGUUGCCGAGAUCCUUCAAUUUGUCAUGGACAUUCGCCGAGAUUAUAGGAUCACAAUGGCCCUUUCUUGGUUCAAAAUGCAAUUCCCGUGCGACAAGGAUGGAUCGCUUUUGAAAUCAUCGAGUAUCAAUGAGAACAUGGCUUGCCAACUACACGAGGCGAUCUACGACUCAUCUGGCCACGAACUACAUCUUGAUGGGCAAGAUGGCCGAAUCCUUCUUGCUAUCCUUCUCCAAAUGACAAUGUCCGACUAUCCACCGCUCACGAGUAUCGCACUCAAAGUGCUAUUCCGACAUUUCACGCAAUAUCAGGAGUUGCUUGAGGAUCUACGACAGGUUCAGCUUCUUGUGUCGAAUGAUGAUGUCGAAAAUUAUCGCCAAAUCGAUCGCGAUCUUUUUAUCUUGAAAAAUCUCACUGAGAAAUCGGAACUUUGGGUGCAUGGUGAUCGGCAUCACUCUGUGGAAACGAAGGAUGUUGAGAACAGCGAGAAGACGACUGACAAAGACUUGAAUGAUCACAGUCUGACGACAUCUCGUGCUUUCGCAUCCAAGGAUUUGCGGAACGCUGUCGUCACUGUUAUCGAUGAGCACUAUCCGAACAUUCGACACGAAUGUCUGAAACUGCUCAAUCGAUUGCUCAUUCGAGACGAUCGAAAUGAUGCUGCUGUUGCACUUCAAGAGCUCAGCGACAAAGCUCCUCUGAUUGCUUACCCGUUGAUCAGGCAAAUCCUGGUGCGUCUGAAGAGAUUGUGCUAUCGCGAAGAGAAGACCGACACGAUGAAUCAGCAGCUUUUAAAGAACAUGCGAGUUUACGAAGUGGUUCUAGAAUUCAUCAGCAUUCCAUACGACAAGAAGAAUGAUGCGGAGAUGCCGAAACUUAUAACGCUGUCGCACGAAUUUCUCAGGAGUUUCUGUAAAGGAAAUCGCGAAAAUCAAGCUUGCUUGUAUCGAUUUAUUUCCUACGAGAAAGACGCAAAAGAGAAAAAUCUGCGAGUUGAGACCGUUGAAGACGUCGGAACGUUGGUAUCAAUUUUUCGAAAUAAUCGCGAACUUGCUUCGAAUGUCCAUGAAAAUCUCAUCGCACAUAUUGUGGGACUCAUUGAACAUCGUGCACGUCAUCCAAUUUUCCUUGAGCUGCUUCAAAGUCUUGUUUGCGUUUAUGGAAAGGAAGUCGAAACGUGCCAAGAGAAAGUUGCAAACGAAAUCUGCGGGGCUUCCGAUGAAGUUCGACUUCUUUACGUCGACAACGCCUCAUUUGAAGAGCUAGAGGAGCUUAUGAAAAAUGCUCCACCGUACUUGGACGCCAACAAUCCGCUGAAAUACCAUAUCGAGCUGGUACGUCUGUUGGCGAUGUGCACGAAAGGAAAGAACGGAAACACUGAGCUAAAGUGUGCUUCGCAAAUUCCAAUGGAUCAUAUCGUCAGAGUUAUCGUUUCGGAACACUGUCUCGUUGAGGUUAAAAGUGUGUAUCUUCAACUUCUUCUUCAUUGUUACAUCGAUACUGAUGCCGAAAUGAAAGACGCAUACAAACCGGAAUACGUUGAUACAAUUCUAAACAAUAUUCUUGAUGAUAUCAAUAAGUUGACCGAAAACAACAAUCUGUCAGAAGCGGAUAGUGGAGCCUUGGAGACUUAUAUUUGCCAAACUGUGACUGAGGUUCUCAUCAAAUUCUUCGAAGCACCAUAUUCUUCGCUUCAACCAACAAAAAUUGAUGUUCCGCAUCACAAUGAACAGUUCUGCAAAGUUUUCAAGGCACUUCUUCGAUUGAAAAAUGGAACACUGAAAAACAGCAAACCGCCCAAAAACAAUUGGUACCGAGUUUCGGAUUGCAUCGAAAGACUAAAAAAAUGGGCAUUGGACCAUUCAAUUCAACUUCCUGCGCAAGUUGCGGUCCCACAAGCAACAGCUGUUAAUCCGCGCCAACGAUGGGUGAAUGCUGCGUUUUCAGCGAAACUCGUUGGAUUGAAUCGGCCAAUUAUAACGCUUGUCGUUGAGCGGCUCAAUCGGCAAAAUACAUUGAAUACUGGAAGGAAUUUGGGAGCCGAACACGCCAACGCCAAUGUUGUUACGUGCUAUAACAUGAUGACUGGAGAAUUCAAGUACUACCUGGAUCCAUUGAAAUAUGCCGAAGGAACCGUGCUUGUUGAAGUUCUACAUACUCCAGAACUCCUUUUCCCAGAAGGUUCAGCUCUUCGGGAGCAAUGUGCUCGAGGAGGGGUAGUAGUCAAACUUAUUCAACAUUGCAAGACAUUAAUGCAGAACAAACAAGAAAAUUUAUGCGUCACCGUUCUCGAGACACUUCGUAAAAUGUGCAGCUGCACGAAAUUACAACUUAAAGCUCAGGGACAACAACUUCGCAAUAUGCUUCUUCGCCGGUAUUUUAGCAGUGGCUGCUCGAACCAUGGCAAUAAUAUGCACAAUAAUAAUAUGAGCAAUAAUAACAAUAAUAAUAAUAAUCAUCACAAGCAUCAUUUGGAUAGACAGCAAUCAAAAAUCGGUGAAGUUUUAGAUGUCGUCAAGAAUGAUAAGAAGGAAGACACUUGGAACGUCGAGCGAGAUCUGUACACCAUUCAGUGCAAGCUGAACGACGCUGGAGCUUCGGAUUUGAUCAUCGAUAUUAUUGUGAUGGAUCCGUGCCGAGAAAUAUUCAAAAAAGCAAUUUAUCUAGCCAAAGCUCUUCUUCACGAGGGAAAUGAUAAAGUUCAACACGCAUUCUAUCUUCGAUUAAAGCAAAAGGAUACUCAUGAGCCGUUUUUCAAAACAAUUUCGUCGAAAAUCCUUGCAGCGCAAAAUCGUUUGAAGAGUGACAUGAUGAGCUGCAGUGAAACGAAACCGAAAUCAUCCGUAUCAGCAGCCGUCAGUAGACGAUCAUCGACCGUGCUCACACCGAAUGUUGAAACUGUCGAACACGCAUUGUUUGAAGUACCCCAACGACAUCCGUCGAUUUCGGAGGUUUCCCAGCUGAGCAAUGACAUGACACAUUCAGUGCCGGAUUUAACGCCCUAUCAGGAUGAUGACAAAUCAUCGGAAGCACUUCCCGAAGAGGUUGGAAUCGUGGAACCGAUUCUUCGAGUCCUUCAACUCCUCUGUGAGAAUCACAACAGCCUUCUCCAGAAUUUUCUUCGAAAACAAUCGGAUCGCGCCAAUCAUAAUCUCGUAUCUGAGACGCUCAGCUUCCUCGACACCGUGUGCGGCUCGACAAAGGGAAGUCUUGGAGUGUUUGGGGAAAUAGGCGAACACAACUUCAAGCUGAUCACGCAAACAUUGAACACAUUGACCGAGUUCUGCCAAGGACCGUGUCAUGAGAAUCAGAACACGAUGGCAAUGCAGGAAAACGGACUCAAUAUUAUCAUAUCGCUGGUUCUCAAUGAAAUCAAACCUCUUGCUGAUGAUCAUAUGGAGCUGGCACUGGAAAUCAAAAGUCAAGCCUCAAAACUGUUGCUUGCAAUUAUGGAAUCGCGACAUGACGGAGAGAACGCGAACAGAGUUCUUCGCAAUAUGGCCAACAUGUCUGGAGGUCCGAAGCAGCUCAUUCACGCGAUUCGACAAGCCUAUGAAAUGGCGAACUCAAAUCACUACAUGGUGAAGAACAUCAGCCGUGAGUUUCUUCGACAAUCCGACAACACAACGUCGAAGACAACAAUUUGUCCGCAGAUCGCUGUUAAUAAUCUGAACCUUCCUGAAAUAUCUGUCAACGCUUCUGGAACAAUAUCGAUUCUAGAUGAUAAGAAAGGAUACGUCGACGAUAAGUUUGCAGAAGAUGAACCACCGACAGUUGAUCCAAGAGAAGUCGGCCACAACAUUUACAUUCUCGCUCAUCAAUUGGCAAUGCACGACAGCGAGCUCGAGAUCUGGCUUGAUCCGAAUGACGACAAGAAAGAUGAUCUAACACGCGAAGCUCUGAAAUACUACAAGAAUCGGACGGCGCAGAUCGAGAUUGUGCGACGGGAUCGGACACUCGAACGAGUUGUGUUCCCAAUCAACGAUAUCUGCUCAUAUUUGACAAAAGAAACGAAGGAUUACGUUUACAACAAUACGGAGAGAGAUAAUCAGGGGUCAAAGGUCACCGAAUUCUUCGAUCAAUGGGAGACGAUGUACCACGAAAUGCUAUGGCAGAGGAAGCUUCAAGAUCGAAAAUGGUUGUCCUGGUGUGCGUUCAGGCUUCAUCUCUGGACGAGACUUUCUCUCUACUUUGCAUUUAUCAUCAAUGCUCUUAUUGUGGUUUAUUUCCCAUUUUCCAGUGACAGUAAAUCCAUGAUAUCAUUCGGUGACUUCUACUCUUGGGUAGCCUUCUUCGCUUCAUUGUACCUCGUAAAACACUGCCGGACGGACAAGCAUUCACUGCCUCGUUCAUUGCUAAUACUUCUUGCCUGUUUAUGCUUCUUGUUAAUCAGUAUAGUCGGCUCGAUUCCGACACUGUAUAUCUUCGAAAUAUGUCAACUCGUCAACAAAGUCGUCCAUCUGGUCGCUUUUGUGAGCAACAAGGGUUUGGAAGAUAAGCCGUGGUCGGAGAGACUCAAGAAUACCACUCUUCUCUAUAUCAUCGCCUACAUUGUUAUUUGCGUCUCUGGAAUAUUCAUACACCCGUUCUUGAACUGUUUCUUGCUUCUGGAUAUUGUCGCAAGUGAAGAAACUCUUCAGAAUGUGAUCGCUUCUGUCACAAGAAACUAUCAGUCAAUCGUAUGGACCGGUUACUUGGCUCUUAUUCUACUCUACCUGUUCACUAUUGUCGGAUUCCUUCUUUUCCGUGACGACUUCUUCUUGCCGGUCGAUCCGAUUGAUCCCGAGCCUGCCAUCACAAUGAGUACGAAGUUAGCUGAAGACACUUGUCCCAAGAGCGGUUGUCCUACAACUCCUACGAUUAUUGAAGAAGACGGCGAAAAGAAGGUCAAAUCUUGUGAGACUCUUCGAAUGUGUAUUCUUCAAACAAUGUACCUCGGCCUUCGGAAUGGCGGUGGAAUCGGCGACGUGCUUCGAAAUCCAGCGCCGUGGGAGCAGAUGUUCCCAUGGCGUGUCGGAUUCGAUAUGACGUUCUUCGUCGUCCUCAUCGUCAUUGUGUUGAAUCUCAUUUUUGGUGUGAUCAUCGACACGUUCGGCGAUUUGCGUUCGGAGAAAAAUGAGAAGGAGCAGGUGUUACGCAAUUCUUGCUUCAUUUGUGGACUGGAACGCGGUCGAUUCGACAAUCGAAGUGUGACAUUCGAAAUGCACCGCGAAAUGGAGCACAACAUCUGGCAUUACUUGUAUUAUAUUGUGAUGCUUCAAAUCAAAGACGAAACCGAGUUCACUGGCCCGGAAAGCUAUGUAGCUCAAUGCGUCAAAGAUCGGAAUUUGGAUUGGUUCCCGAGAAUGCAGGCUUUGUCGCUGCAAGACGCCGAACUCGAUACCGAUCAGCCGGAAAUCAAAAUUCUCAAGGAUCAAGUGGAACAGGUCGGCAGUCUCGUACGUGACCUGCAAGGCCAAAUUGAGGAACUAAAACAGUUGCUAUGCGAACAAAUUCGGUGA